AACUCGUCGAUGGCAACAUCCAGCAGCGCUGUAACCCUCAUCCUCAUCCUCAUCAUACCUCUGCGAGGUGCUGACCGGGAGCAGCUGGAACACACUCAACCGCACGCUGGGCAAGAUGGCGAUUACGGGACUGGCUUUUUGUUUGAUUCUGUACACCGUUUUCGGCCACAUUCCAUCAUCGCUUGGGGUAAUCCUCCGAACCACAGACAAGAUUGUUUGGGCAAAUGAGUUUGAGCCCAUCGAACUGACCUGUUUAAUAGAAUCCAUCUCGACAAACAACCCGAGGAUUGAAUGGAAAAAGAUUAAAAACGGCGUCCCCAGUUAUGUCUACUUUCAAAACAAGAUAUCAGGGGACUUGGAGAACAGAGCUCAGCUCAGAGAGCCAGCCAACAUUUUGAUCUUCAACGCCACUCGAUCAGACACUGCAGAGUACCGCUGUGAGGUGGCUGCCAUCGAUGAUCAAAGGGACUUUGAUGAGAUACUUAUUAGUCUUGCAGUUAGAGUGAAACCUGUUGUGCCUCGGUGCAGCGUGCCAGAGGCCGUCACAGUUGGAACAUCAACAGAGCUGCGAUGUCUGGAGAACCAGGGCUUUCCUGCUCCUCAGUACCGCUGGUUCCACAACAGUGAAGAACUUCCUCAGGAUCCCAAAAACAGCCCAAGAUUUGCAAACUUCUCUUACAGUAUCAACCCUGACACUGGAGGUCUGAAAUUUCGACGGGUGAGGAAAGAGGAUGCUGGAGAGUACUACUGCCAGGCAAAAAAUGAUGCAGGAUAUGCACAGUGUUCACCGCAAAUCAUGGACGUGUAUGAUGUGGACAUCCUUGGAAUUUUCCUCAAGUCACUUGGAAUAUUCGCUGUCGUCGUCUCUUUGGUCGGUUGCCUUUGUUCCUUUAGACGUAUGUGUCCUCACAAUAAAGGCCACAGUGAAAAUAACUAUAACUGGCCCGCUCAGAAUGAUCGUGUUGACUACAGUGAUGCAGAUGAGGGUCAUUUCCGUCACAAGUCUUCAUUUGUCAUAUGACAAGACAAAACAGACGAACACUGUUGGAGUUUACCUCCAACAGUUAUAGCCCCGUUGAUAAAGUUCAAGGUCUAACGUAGCACAUUUCUCUCUGAUGCACAUCAAAAUCCAACCAACUGACUUGCCAAAGCAUUAUUACGUUUGUGGCACAAUAUGCUUCUUUUGUAUAGUGCCACAUAGUUUGUUUUUUUUAUUCUGUUUGCAUUGCUUUCCUUUAAAGCAUAAGAUUUUUACAUCAAAUUUAAGGUAUUUUUACUCAUUUUCCAACAUACUUGUAUCUUACAAUACAAGAAUUUCAAAGCUGUGAAAUUUGAUAUCUGGCUGUCUGUGUUAUUACAGCGUACUGUAAGCUGCAUCCCCUUUCCAUUUUUGGACAAAUCCUUUUUGAUAGCAUUUAAACUUUUUACUGUGUGAAAAAUUCUUUAAAAAAAAGUCUUUUUCAUCCUUAUGUCAUCGGAUGAAUAUGUCUUUAACCGUUUCACAUACAGAUCAGUCAAAACUUGUCUUUGUAUAUAUUGUAGAUAUAUAGGCAGUAAAUAGCAGACUGCAGAAAGCCUGAAUAAGAUCAGAUUCAAAAGGCACAAUUUAUUAGCCUUUUUAUUAUAUUCACAAAUGCUAAACAUCUACAAGUAAAGAUUAAACUAUACAUUUAAAUACUCUCUAUCCCACUAUGCUGCAAAGCCAAUAUGAAGUAUAAAGGUGGUGAAGUCUGAGUUUUUGGAGUGUCUUUUAUGUGUAUAAGUGACCUUUUGUGCAUUACUAGUUAUUUUGUGAGUAUUGGACAUAUUGUACAGUUUUGAUUCAGUAUUAUAUGUACAUAAGUGUAUACUUUUUUAUUUUUUAAUUUCAAUGCAUUGCACUCCAUGCUUAAUUGUAAAUACCCCAAUAACCUGUUUGUUAGAAAUAAAUUCACAGUAUAACUGUUGAGUGUGUUUAUGCAGUGUUGAGCCUGUCGGUAACAACAGUAUAAGUCUUUUAAGACGGUUGUGUCGUUUUGUGUAACAACUCAGGAACUGUUGUACAAUGUCUGCUGUUCAUUUGAUAAUAACGUUAUUGUUUUUUGGUA